GAAGAACUCUUUCGUAUUCUUGUUGAUCGUGAUGGCACAAUCUUUGCUGCAGGUGGAAUCCAACUGUCAGACGGGCGAAUGGAUCAGCCACGGAGGAGAUCUCAAGAAUCGUCGCUUUGCAGAAGAUGAGCACUUGAUCAGCGUCUGGAGCGCGCCUCACUUAAGCGAAAAGUGGAGCUUUGACGCUGGCGCGGACAUUUCGGCCACACCGGCGAUUUACGACUGUGUUGUCUACUUCCCAUCGUGGAACGGGCUUGUCUUCGCAGUUACCAUCCACGGAGAACUUCUCUGGCGCUUCAACUUGACAGAAAUCACGGGAGUUGCCACUUUGUCGCGGACGACACCGGCUGUGACCGAAGAGCUCUUGCUGUAUGGUUUGCUCGGUCCCGCUAGAGUUGUUGCUUUACACCGUAAGAGUGGAAGAAUGGUUUGGAUGUCAGAAGAUCUGGAUGAAACGCCCCUGGCAAGGAUCACCAUGUCAGGAACAGCAUACGACGGAGCUUUCUACGUUGGUAUGUCUUCGCUCCAAGAGCUUGUGGAGGCAGCCUGUUGCACAUUCCAAGGAAGCUUUCAGAAACUCGACCUCAAAACUGGAAAACGAAUAUGGAGAACUUACAUGGUUCCUGAAAACUCCAGUUUCUACGGCGUUACAGUAUGGGGAAGCAGUCCUUCCAUCGAUCCCAAGCGAGGACUCGCCUUCAUUGGCACUGGAAACCUCUACCAGAUCCCGAGCGACGUCCAGGACUGCCUCAACAGAAAUGCCAACUCGAGCGACUGCUAUCCUCCCGGUGUCUGUGACGACGCCGUUGUAGCCGUGAACAUGGCCGACGGGGAGAUACGCUGGUGUAACAGGCUCGGAGGAAACGACGUAUGGAGGCUUGCUUGUGACACAAAUCCACCACCAGCAAACUGUCCACCUGAGCCUGGGCCGGACUACGACUUUGGAGAGUCGCCGAUGCUGCUUACGAUCCCAAGCCGCUACUCCAAGAACAAGUUCCAAGAUAUCGUCGUCACCGGUCAGAAGAGCGGCAUUGUUUGGGCUCACGAUCGAGACGACGGCAGCCUUGUCUGGGAAACGACUGCCGGACCUGGUGGCUCUGUAGGUGGAGCGAUCUGGGGAGCCGCCACUGACAACCAUCGAGUAUACACCAACAUCGCAAACUCUGACCGUGCUACGUUCCAGCUCGUUCCUUCCGGACAAAGCACCACCGCUGGUGGCUGGGUGGCCAUGGACGCCGCUACUGGAAGAAUAGAAUGGUCCACUGCGAAUCCACACGGUGCGCGAGCUUACGGGCCUGUGACUGUCGCCAACGGUGUGGUCUUCUGCGGAUCAUUCGACAAGGAUGGUCAUGUUCUCGCACUGGACGCAGAGAGUGGACGUAUACUGUGGGAACGUACCACUGGUUCGACGGUCUACGGAGGACCCUCAGUCGGGCACGGGUGUUGCUUUAUUGGAACGGGAUACUCACGGGCUCCACUGGCUCCUGCGUUUGGAGGAACUCCCGGCUCCGAAUUAUAUGCCUUCUGUGUAUGA